AUGCACACUCGUCAAGUUCAAUUUACUCGUAAAAAUCGAAAACUCGUUGUUGUGGGUGAUGGUAUGUGUGGUAAAACAUCGCUUUUAUUUGCAUAUAAAGAUGAUGAAUUUCUUCAGCAGCAUUCUCCCACUGUUUUUGAGACUUAUGUAACCGAUGUUCAAGUCGACGGAACAACAGUUACUCUAACUCUUUAUGAUACAGCUGGCCAAGAGGAUUAUGAUCGGCUUCGGCACUUAACAUAUCCUGAAACAGACAUUGCACUUGUAUGUUUCAGCGUCGAUAGCCCUGAAUCGGCUCGAAAUGUCAUUCAAACAUGGAUAAUUGAAGUUCGAUAUUAUUGUGGUCAAUGUCCUCUAAUAUUAGUCGCGUGCAAAAAAGAUCUGAGAACUAAGCCCGAAGUCAUUGCUCAAUUGAAAGAGUUGGGUGAAAUUCCUGUAUCCAAUGCAGUUGGAAAACGGAUAGCAGCAGAAAUCAAAGCUGAUGCUUAUAUCGAAUGUUCAGCGAAAACCCGUGAAGGUGUACAAGAUCUAUUUAUUCAAGCUGCUCGUUUAUCAUUGAAGAAGUCUUCUCCUAGAAAACGAUUUCGAAAUUGUGUUUUGUGUUGA